CAGGCAGGUUCAUCGUGCCUUACUUUAUUUACUCGAGGCAGAUCUGGUGCGACGAGCAGAAGCUGUUGAUAUAUUCAUGUGUAAAUCCACAACACAGUCAAAUCUGUGUUUAGGUUCAGAUUCAUUGAAACGUGAUGGCAAAGCGAGCAACGCGACCCAGGAAUCAGCUGCCAACCUGCUACUAUGAAGGAUACCUGGAGAAGAGGUCGUUCAAAGAUAAGACGUCUCGGAAACUGUGGACGUGCCUGUGUGGAAACACUCUGUUCUUCUUCAAUGAGAAGAGAGAUGCCGAUUACAUAGAAAAACUGGAUCUCAGUGAAUUCGUCUCGAUAACAGAUGACAGCAGCCAGGAUCGUAACUUAGAAGCAGCCAGACUCAGCCUACAGAUGAAGGAGGAAAAUAUCAAAUUGACUGUUCCUAACGCAGAGGCCCGUGAGCUGUGGAAGGGCUACAUCCAAUCUGUGGCUGAGCGGUCGGUUCCAACCUCCCUCAACCUGCUACCGGGCCAGAUCCACAUGUUAAAAGCGGCGGUAGAAAAGGAAAAGGAAAGGAUUAAAACUGGUCCUCCAUCUGGUGUCGCCAACUCCAGUAUUUAUGUCAGCCUCAAAGCAGACAUGCCAACCUGUUAUCACCAAGUGUCCCGUAUGGAGGCCGAGAUGCUGCUCGAGAGAGAAGCCAAGAGAGGAAACCUGCUGCUGAGACCCGGAGGAGGCGAAAACUCCUUCGCUGUAUCCACCAGACAGGAUCUUGACGGCCCCGUAUUCAAACACUACCGCGUGACUCGUAAACCUGAAGGGGGCUUCGCCAUUGAUGUGGACAAUCCAGUCCCGUGUGCCACGCUGCACGAUGUGGUCAACUAUUUAGUGGAAAGAACUGACGGCUUCUUGAUUCCUCUCAUCAUGGAGGAGUAUUAUGAGAAAAACAUCUCUUAUAUCCGAUCUGAUGAUGAAAAUGGGGAGAAGAGCGUCCAGCAAACGAACCCCGUCCCGCCGAGCGUACUGACCAAACCAGUACCUCCAGCGAGAAUAAAAACUGAACCAGUGCCAGAGGUAUUUGAAGAUGAACACCUGUACAUUAACGACAAGCGGGAGGAGAAAGAAAAGAAGAAAGAGGAUUCCUUGGUUUUUCCACUGUCACAAGUCAAGACUCCAAAGAAAGCAAUGAUGCCUCCAAUUCCUGCACCUCGCAAAUUCUCAUCGUCUUCCUCUACCUCCUCCACAAACAUCCAGGAACCCGCUGUGAAAGCCUGCACAGAUAAUGUGGGACAAAUUCAUUUAGCUGCAAUAUCUGAGCUGAAAGCAAAGCUAAAAGUCAAGAAGUGAAGUGUAAAGAGUGACCUCUCCUGGUGGGAGCUUCUCAAAGCAUGUGACGAGUCUGUCCCUGCAACACGAACUGACGCACGGGAGCGCCGACCAGCUGUUUCCCCACAGACGGCCUCCUCCUCCUCCUCCUCCUCCUCCUCCUCGUCAGCCGGCUGUCAGCAGUAAAGCCUCUCAGAAGAUUAACACUUUAUCGACUCGCCCCUUCUCGGACACUCAUUAGCAAAUGAAUCGACUGUAACAAGGGGUGUACAUGUCACAUUAUCCUCACCUUGUUGCUCUUGUACAUUUUGCACAUUCCCCUGAUUAGAUUGUCAGAUUUUCUUCAUCAGUGUUGUUUUGUCGACUUUUUUGAGUCUAAUUAGCUGCUGAAUUGUACUGUAUAUAUUUUGUACAGAGCUAAGAUGGCUAUAUUUAUUCUGCCUUAAGAUGUGAUGUUUAUAUUUUACCCCCAUUGAGCUGGUUUGUGAUCACCUUACCUACUUUAUGUGAAUGUAUUGUAAAUAGUAGAAAUCAAUCAACUUCAUGUUGUACGUCUGUAUCUGGCCUAUUUCUUGUGUUACACAUCUUUUUAUACAGUUAUUUUUUUUUUUAUCCCCGCUGUGUUUUUAUUCCUCGUUGAAGCAGAAAUCCAAGAACAAAAGAAGUUGCUCUCACUCCUUUAUUACCUCAAUGACUGAUACAGUAUAGUGGAAAAAUUAAACUAUUUACAAUAAAACUGUGACAUUAUGUCAGCAUGUUGAAAUAAAGUGAACAUAAUUCUCAGCUUCUCUUAAAGCAUUGCAGGCUACAGUUAUUAAAGAGAUGCAUAUAGCAGGAGCAAACAUGGCAAGGCGAGACUGUUACCAUGUGUGUAACGUACGACACGGGUGCUACUCGGAGGUCGGGGCGGUGCACAAAUAAGGACUUUAUAACUUCGCCUUUCAGAGUUACUUUCAUAAUACAGUUUGUUAGCCGAGGCUACUUUCUAUUCGUUAUAUUUGGACUACAGGCUUCUUGUUGAGCGAAUAAAGUGGUGGUGUUAGGAUCAGACACAUACAUACUGUACACACGAGCAUUAGGGUGCAGUCAAGUGGGCAAAACGUAUACAGUACAGUCAUUUCCAAAUAAUCCUGAUAUCAUAUGUGAUGACUCCUCUACGUGGAGUCGCUUUCUGUGCAGAGUCUGGCUAACACUGACUCCUAAUUUAAAACUAACAGAACCUCAGCAGCUUUCUAAAAAAGGACCUGGUUUCUUUCACGCAAACUGUGCGACCCGACUAUGAAGAGUGAAAUGCAGUAAACACUGUGAAGUCUGCAUGCCUUUGUAAGAAAUAAAUACAACAUCCCUAA